AUGCUUAUAAAUUGCGCAAAUGAAGUAAUAGCGUGUGGAGGUUUGUCAACCUCCCCUUGUCGCUAUAAUGCAAAAAUUAGGGCUAAUGACUUAGCUGCACGAUUGUUUUCCCAGCAGGGAUAUGUGAGUAACUCGUGCCAGCGGUCAAGGGAUCACGUGUUUCACCAAGCUUACUGCCCACAUAACAUGUCACACGAAAGUGCCAAACCUUUACUUGAAGACGAAGAAGUAACGAAAAAUGCUUACAAUAUAUUUGUGAGUAUGGAAAGCCUAAACGAAAAAUUAAAGUUACUAAAUUAUGAACGUGGAUUCUGUCGUGCGCGACAUCAGAAGCCUCUGACCAGACAUUAUUUUGCGAUCCCUACCAAUCCUGGUGAACAAUUUCAUACAUUCACAACACUUUCUGCAUGGUUGAUUGGAAAAGCGAAUGGAAAAAUUGAUCCUCCUCAGGAAUACGAUGAUCCCAAUGCCAUUGUUGCGACAAUUCUUGACGCGGUCAGGGAGCUUGGUCAUAAGGUAAUCUUCCCACCGUCAAAGUUGAAGGUUGGUUGGGGCGAAUGUUGCAUCGACGUGUUGCAAAUGUUGGCAAAAUCGGCGCUGCAAGUGCAAUCCCAUCGAUAUGAAUUGCCAGUGUAUCCCACAGAGACCGAAGGCGAAGUGGAAGGCGAUGAAGUGGAUUCCUGCAGCGGAGCAGAUGAUGAGAUCUGCGAGUGGCAAGGGCAGUCGCCAACUGGUCUACGAGCAACAAAUCGGGGCAUUGGAUCGGCUCUUGACAGGCUACACGUGGAAGAUGAGUUAGACGAAGAUGAUGACGAGGUUCCAGAUAUUGAAGCUAUACACACACGAGGCAUCCGCUCACCAUCGUCAAGUCAGCUGGGGGAACCGAUUGGAUUCAGCCCGCUUCCAGAUGAAAAACUGGGAUCUAAAUCGACUGUUGCGGUAGAGAAUACUCAGUCUGGAGUUCUGGAGUGCACUGUUGAUCCCUCCGAUUGGCAGCUUGAAGUAGAGCGCGUUUUGCCCCAGCUGCGGAUAGCUCUCCGCAGCGACUCGAAAGAUUGGCGCGCGCAUUUGGAGGAAAUGCGCCGGUAUCAAACGGAGAUAUCCACUGCGUACACCGAUGUGAAACAACACCUGACUCGAUUGCAGUCGGAGUUGGGAAGAACACUGGAUAAGAUUCAGACUAGAGAAAAAUACAUGAACAGCCAAGUGGAGCCACUGUUAAGCCAAUACAGAGCAGUGGAGGACGAGCUAUCUGAAACGAAUAUGAAGUAUCGUCAAUUGAGUGGAGGAAUCACGGAACGCAGCCGUGCACUGGCCGAAUUGACCGAAGAGUUGGAACGUGUCAAAUGUGAUAUGGACGAAUGCGGCUCAAGCAUGACUGAUGGCUCCCCUGUAGUCCGGAUUAAGCAGGCCAUCCAAAAGCUAAAAGCCGAGAUGGUCGCAAUGGAGAUUCGAACUGGAGUGCUGGAACACAUUUUGCUUCGCACACACUUGCGUUUACGUGAGGACAGCCAAAAACCUCUCUUCUCAAAACCAAUGGAUGCAAAUGUUGUUGGUGCAUCAACCUUCAUAUACUGAGCACAGUGAUCAUACAUGGCAGUUUAAUGAACACACUAAAUACAGA